GUGCCAUCCUUAGGCGAAAGUGUGACCGUGCGUGUGUGGAGAACACAAACUAAUGUUGGAGCAAAUCGAAUAAAGUAAAAUUACAGAAUAAAAUGAUCUGCCGCCUGUGUCUAAACGCGCUGGACGAGCAGAGCGCGGUGGUGCUGUUCGGCGGCGCUAGCGGAGACAGUGUGUCCGCUGCGGAGGACGAGGACGAUGCAAAGGCGAUGCCGGAAAGCUACUUGGUCCAACUGAUCUCGAUUCACUUGUACCUCUGCCUCUCCCGCGACGAUGCUAUCUCCACCUGCAUCUGCACCGAGUGCUGUUCGCAACUGGAGAGCUUCCACAACUUCUGGAAACUGGUGGAGCUCAAGCAGACAACUCUGUGCAGCCAAUUCCUGGCCAUCGAUUGCGAUGUUAACUGGUCGGAGGAGAGCACCGAGAUGCAGCCAGAGUCGCAGCCCCAGCUGUUUCUGGAGCCGGCGGAGGAGCCCAAAGCUGUGACACCCACAACGGCCAAUAAGUUCCCCUGCAUGUUCUGCGAGAAGUCCUUCAAGAUGCGUCGCUACCUAGAGGAGCACAUAGCCACGCAUACGGGCGACCGACCGAUUCCUUGUCCCUACUGCGAAAUGGCCUUUCGCUGCCGCUCGAAUAUGUACACCCACGUAAAGAGCAAGCACACCACCCAGUGGCUAAAGGCGCGUGAGGAACGGGAUGCGGCCAAGUCAGGGCAAAACCACUCAGCCCCGGAGGAGCCUGCUCCCUCGGUUCAAGUUUCUGCUCCGCCUUCUCUUAGCGCUCCUCUUGUUUCCGCAACAAACUCACAUAUUCCCGGACAACCUGGUCCUGCUACACUCAAUCCCACUACCACUCCUGCAGCAACUCCCCUACAAUCACCACCCACCCUUCAACAGCUGCCCCUGUCCGUAAUCAAGAGCCAGCCGAGCGAGGCCAUCAACCUCACCAUAACCAAGACUCCGCCGUCCGCCAGCCGGGGCUCGCGCAAUCGGGCCAGUCGCCGUAAGACGCACUCGCCCAAAAAGGUCCAGCACACGGAGGGCAGCGAUGCCAGCGAUGAGGACUCGCCCCAGAAGAGGCUCAAGGAGAACGAGCUCAUGCUGGCCAAUUAUAAUGCAGUGGCGGCGGCAGUUGUGGCAGCCGCUUCGCUAACGGGCAGCCCCCCAAAUCAAGCCGACAGUCUGCAGCAGCGCUUGUGCGUGAGUCUCCUCCAGCAGCAGCAACAGGAACAAUUGUUUGCCGUUAUGUCGGCCACAGCAGCAGCAGCUGCGGCGGUGGGCACAAGUAGUGCCAGCACAACGACAACCAGUGGGGCAAUGCUAGCUCAUCCUUACAGCAACCCGCCUGCAGAGACAGAGAAGCGUUCACCGGUUCCGCUAAAUGCCGCCAUCAAUGCUGCACCCGUCUCAGUCAUUUGCCCCAACUGCGGCGAGCUUCCCGGUCAGAAUCAUCGCUGCCUGAGCAAGCCCAAAUACGCCUGCGAUGUGUGCGGCAAAUGCUUCAAAAUGAAGCGGUAUUUGGAGGAGCACUUUGCCACCCACACGGGCGUCAAGCUGCACACCUGCGCCUUUUGUCCCACGGAGUUCCGGUCCAAGUCGAAUAUGUACCACCACACCAAGCGCAAACACAAAGCGGAAUGGGAGCGGUCGCGGGCUACUCGCUCAGCGGCCAAGGCGGGCGUACAGGAGCAGGUGCAGCACGCCGGUGCGCCUCAGGCGCAGUCAGGACCUGCAGCUGUUUAAGAAAGCCAGGAUUCCUGAGGCAGUGCAUCUGUAGUCUUAGCACUUUACAAUUAUACACAUACAUAUUUUUUGCAUAUUAGCCAUAGCGAAUACCGAAUGUACUUAUCCGAAAGUCUCGUGUACUCCACAAAGCCCCGGCGUCUCAUCGCCUGGCACCUAUUGUGUAUACUCCUCUCGUUCUCUAUAUUGCCUUAACCAGUUGGAUUGGAUCUGGUUAUAAAGUAAACAUUAAUUUCAACAUA